AUGGCAGACCAUCCUGUGAGCAAACCGCUGCUGAAACUCAAACUUCUGGAAUCUUUGCGCGAAGGUGAUUUUGCGGCUUUGGAUAGUUUAGUGAAAACUUUCUUCCGCCCAAGAGACGAUGUUAGUGUUAGAGAAGUUGCACAAUUGAUUUUGCACUAUGCCGUUCAAGUUGCUCCUUUACCAUUGAUCAAAGAUAUAUUGGCACAUUGGCUGACAGAUGAGGAAAUCAAGCUAGAUAUUAACCAGGAUGACCCUGAUGGAAAUACGGCACUCCAUUUGGCUGCGUAUCAAUCGCGAGGAGAUGUGGUGUCCCUUUUGCUGGAUCAACCUGACAUUAACGACUGUAUUCUGAACCACGCAAAUUUGCAGCCUAUCGAGAUGUGUAAAAACCUUAACAUUGCUCAGAUGAUGCAAUUGAAGCGCUCAGAAUAUUUGGGGGAAGUAGCACAAGAAUUUAGGAGAGCUUUUGUGAACCGGGACCGUGAACAUCUGGACGCCAUCUUAGCAAAGCCCCGAAACUCCGAGCUUUUGGACAUCAAUGGCACAGAUCCACAAACUGGAGAUACGGUGCUGCACGAAUUCGUGAAAAAAAGAGAUGUGGUAAUGUGCCAAUGGAUCUUGAGCCAUGGUGGAGACCCUUUUAAAAGAGAUCGCAGAGGAAAACUUCCCCUAGACCUCUUAGGCAAAGUUCCACCAGUAAACGAGUCCCCCAAUGUCAAAUUGACUCCUGAACAACAGCUGAAGCGCAUAUUAGAGAAGGCUGCUCGUGAGCAGAGCGUAAUUGAAGUCGCCAACAGCUUAAAUGAACCGCCUACUUAUAAGGGCUACCUUCGCAAGUGGACCAAUUUCGCUCAAGGUUAUCGACUACGGUGGUUCGUUCUCAGCCCAGACGGAACGCUUUCGUACUAUAAAGACCAAGACGACACAAAGAAUGCAUGUCGUGGGUCGCUAAAUAUGUCCACCUGCUAUUUGCAUUUGGACUCUUCUGAAAAGCUCAAAUUUGAAAUCAUUGGCGGCUUUAACGGUACAGUGAGAUGGCACUUGAAGGGGAACCAUCCUGUAGAGACCAAUAGGUGGGUGUGGGCAGUCCAGGGCGCCAUUCGUUUUGCUAAAGAUCGUGAAAGAACCACAAGGAACGGUGGGAACAAUGAACCCCAAGGUCCUUCGAGGCCUGAAUCUAAGGCAAAGGAAACUUCUCAUCACUUGCGCACCCCGAGCGUUAACAGUUUUCAUUCCUCCACAGGACGUCGGCAGCGCCCUCAUCAAUCCCAGCACUCGAUAAGCUCAAUCUCCUCGAUGUCGUCUGGGGAGGCGGAGCUGAACGAAAACCUUACGAACAGGGGCAGAGAGUACGUCACAAAAGUAAAGUCCGGAAGAACGUCUCUAGACGCUUGUGUCAACGAUGAAGACAGCAAGUCAACGACUUCUAAGUCCAUUCGCGAUAAAGCAGAAGGUAAAGAUGAUGGUGAUAGCGAUCCAGACUAUUUGAGAGACGAGGUCACUGAAGACUUUGAAGACGAGGAUGUGAAAAUUGAGUAUGGGCCUCACUACCAAGAAGUCUCCAUGAUCCAGAGAUCAAUCACUAUUGAGUUGAGUUCGCUUACUGAACUCCUCGAUAAUAAAGCUCCGGAUGCGGAUGAGAUCAGCAUGAUAAGAAAGUCUCUGAAUUCCUUGUCCAAAAAUUUUGAAUCGUACAGUACUUUGUCGUCCGUAAGGGAUAGAAAGCUCUUGAAACUUUUACAAAAACAGCACGAUGUCAAUCAGUUAUGGAUUAAGUCUGUCAAAGAACUUGAACUUGAACUUAUCGACAAAUCUGAGCGUCUCUCUUCUCUCGAUACUGAAAGGAAAAAUCUCAAAAAGCUUCUUCAGAAGAAAUUGAUGGAAUUAUCUGAUGCCGGGACGAGCGCCAACGACACAGUUAAAGAGGGACAAGCUACUGAUGGCGUAAAUCAAGGCGAUAGUGAAAACAGUAGACCUUUGGAGGAAAUUGCCGAAUUCAUGAACUCAAAUAAGGAAGCGGACGAUGACUCGGAUAUUGAUGAAUUUUUUGAUGCCGAGGACAAUGAGUCGUCUAAAGAAAAAACGCAAACGCCUGUCGCGGAAAAUAAUUCUGACGAAAAAACUCCUACUGAAAAGGAGAGACCACCUGCUCAAGCGAAAGCGUCGGGAGAAAGCGGUGUGUCUGAAAGUCAAAUAACGGAAGGUGGCUCUGCCGGCACCGGUGAGUCGAGUAAAUCCAAGGGAGUUUCCUCUGAUUUCGAACAGAACGUCGUGCACUCGGGUCUUACCGAACAGUCAGUUCCAGACACUGCUGCCGCCACGCAAUCUUAUGAAAACGUUGCGAAACAACCCGCAGCUACCACCAACUCCCUUUCUGCUCAGGGCCAGGAAAAACCUCUUCACAGUACAUACACUCCACCUCAAAAAGAGAAAGAAGAACUGCUGAAUCAGCAAGGUUCGUAUCUGGGGUAUGAAGACGGUUUGAGAACGAGACUGGCUUUGAGUAAAGACGACCGUCCAAAAAUUAGUCUAUGGUCUGUUUUGAAAUCAAUGAUUGGUAAAGAUAUGACACGUAUGUCCCUUCCAGUCACCUUCAAUGAGCCCACUUCUUUGCUGCAGAGAGUUGCUGAAGAUUUGGAAUAUUCCGAUCUUUUGACGGAAGGUGCCAGCUAUGAGGACUCGACUUUGAGACUACUUUACGUUGCUGCCUUCUCCAUUUCGUCCUAUUCUUCGACCACCAAAAGAGUGGCGAAACCCUUCAAUCCGAUUUUAGGAGAGACUUAUGAAUACUCAAGACCUGAUGAGCAUUUUAGAUUUUUCACAGAGCAAGUAUCCCACCAUCCACCCAUUUCAGCGACGUGGUCUGAAUCUGCUAAGUGGGAUUUUUGGGGUGAAUCCAGGGUAGACUCAAAUUUCAAUGGUAGAUCAUUUGAGGUGGAGCAUUUGGGCUUAUGGUACCUCAAAAUGAGACCAGACUCCGAACCAGAGGAGGAACUGUACACUUGGAAGAAACCCAACAAUACAGUGGUAGGUAUUCUAGUUGGAAACCCACAAGUGGACAACCACGGCGACGUGGAGAUUGUCAACCACAAAACCGGAGACCGCUGCAUGAUACAUUUCAAGGCCCGUGGCUGGAGAUCGUCCAACGCGUACGAGGUAAAAGGUGAAGUGUAUAACAAGGAUGGUGGUAAGGAAUGGAUUUUUGGCGGCCACUGGAACGAGUCGCUCUAUGCCAAGAAAGUUUUGAAACCCAACUCUUCUGAAGAGAUGCAACUGGACAAGGCAAAGGGCUCUACAGGCUCCAAGAACGAUCCAAACCGUGAUGGAAAUAAGUUUUUGAUCUGGCAUGUGCAUGACAGACCUGAUUUUCCUUUCAACCUGACACAAUUCGCUGCAUCUCUAAAUGCACCACAGCCCAAGCUUUUGAAAUGGAUUCCUUCCACAGACACUCGUCUGAGACCUGACCAAAGAGCGAUGGAAGAAGGAAGGUACGACGAUGCUGCGAAGGAAAAAGAUCGUGUAGAGCAAAAACAGAGGGCAGCCAGAAAGAGACUGGAGAAGGCGAACCAGGACCAUGUCCCUAAAUGGUUCAAACAGGUGCAGCACCCUAUUACGAAGAAGAGCUUUUGGCAGUUCAAUGGCGAAUAUUGGCAGGUGAGGAAGGACAAGAAAUUCGAGGGCUUACCUGACAUUUUUUAA